UGAAGCGUCGUCGGCCCGUCGCAGACCGUCGUCGUCCGUCAGUCAGUUGAUCUUGAUGUUUUGUGUUUGACUGAGAAUUUGGUGAUUGGUACAGUGUCGUGUGUUGGUUGUAGAAAAUAUAAAAACAGAACUUUGAUGUUGUUUUUUAACUGUAGAUAUAAUUAUUAGAACGUUUUCCAAAUAUAUACAACUUAAAUCUUCCGUUUUACCUAAAAUUCAUACCAUUGUUUGGUGAAUUAUCCCAAAAAUAAAAUAUUAAUCUUCCUGUGAAUGGUUGUGCUGUGACUUUAAAACUUGUUCUGUACCAAAAUAUUUGAUAUUGGGCAGAGAAUCUUGAAUUCAGGAAGUUAAUUGCGUGUACCGAUGAAUAAUUCCUAGCCAUUUCAAGUUUUACAACUAAAAAAAAUUAAAUAUUCAAGUUGUUUGGAGACAAUCAGUGGCAAUAUGAAAAAUGUGCUCAGAGUGUUCAGGACGAACUGUAACUGUUUUUUAAUAGUGCUAUCACAAUUGCGGUGCAGUACUUGAGAACUGUGUAUAAACAUACUUACUGAAAGACAUGAUGGGGUUAUGGUGUUGUACUUGAAACUGUGUGGCUGGGUUGUUAAAAGAGUGAGAAUGAGGAGGCAGAGGUGAAGUGGCAAGGUAUCACCGUGGAGCACCUGGUCGGAGGCGGUGGCGCGGGCGGCUUGCUGCCCGGCGCCUCGCCUGCCCAACAUCCGCCUAAUAUGCUGCAACCCAUGGAAGAGAUGAACCUUCCUCCCAAACGUCAAGCAGUUGUUGACAGACUAAGACGGAGGAUAGAGACGUACCGAAGACGACAAACGGAAUGCGUGCCGAGAUUCGACCAGUCGUUCACCGGGGCCUGCGAACAACAGAACUUGGAGACGAGCGCCCUUCAGAAGCGGUUUCUCGAAGGCAAGGCUAAGCGGCAAGCCAAGAAGACCGAUCGCAAGCCCGACCUUCCCUCCAUCAGCAGCAAUCUGCACAGCAGCGUGCAUGUGAGCUGUCAACAAAAAUUUGGCUGCGGCGACUACGAGCCCCCGGCCAAGCUGCAAUGCGGAGGAGGCGGCGGCGCAGGAGGAGGCACGGGCGAAGGCCUGACGAAGUUCUCCGUUGAAAUCGUGCAGCAGCUCGAGUUCACCACCUCCGCGGCGGACUCCCAACCGCAGCAGAUCUCAACGAAUGUGACGGUGAAAGCCCUCGCCAACGCGGUGAAAACUUCCGGCUCGCCGCCGCCGUCGCAGCCGCCGCGCGUGCCCUCCCCGUUGGACUGCGAGCGAGAAUGCAAAGCCGAAUGCAAAUCCGAGGUGGCCGACGACGAGUUCGUGGGACUCGACGAGUGUGCGGCGGCGCUGGAGCGCGACGCCGCCUCCGCCUUCCCCGGCCUCGCCGACCUCAUCGGCGAGGACGAUGGAGACGAUGCGUUCGAAUAUCUCAUCACCGAGAUAUCCGAGUACCCCGAGCUAAUGAAGGAUUUCGAUCUCGAUGGCGGGAAGCUCAACGGGGGAGGAGGCAUGGGAGGCCUCGAGCCGUCCGAGGGCGAGCCGGCACCGCGGCCCUACGGCGGCGGGGAGAUGUCUCCCGCGGCGCAGACGCUGAAGCACAUGGCGGAGCAGCACCAGCAGGCCACGGGCGGCGACUGGGCGCGCUACCGCGGCUACGCCGGCUACCGGCCGCGGCCGACGCAGCCGCCUCUGGAGCAUCUGCACAUGUCUCAACAGCAGCAGCUGCAUCUGUCGCAGCCUCAUCAUAAUUUACAAGUCUCAGCAGCGCAACACAUGCAGGUGAGCGGCAGCGGCGGCGGCCACGUGUCCGCCGCCGCGCAGCAGGGCAUGUACGCAACCUUCCAGCACCAGGGGACGCCUUCGCCACAACACCAUCAAGGGAGCGGAUGCGAUUCGUACUCGGUAUCACAAUCGCAGAGUAUGAACUUUUCGCCGUCGAUGCGGACGCGACCGAGUGGACCUACGCAGCAGACUGCACAAGGACCUGGUCAGCAACCACUAGGAAUAGCCGCGGCAGGCAUAUCGCGCGAGCAGCAAGCAAAGAUGCUGCAGCAACAGCAGCAGCAGAUGUUGCGCGCGCAGCAGCAGCAGCAGAUGCGGCCGCCGCCGCCGGAGUACAAGGCGCGCUUCGCGAGCGCAGGCGCAGCGCCGCGUCGCCCGGCCGCGCCGCCGCCGCGCGCCUUCGCGCCGCACGCGCGCCCCUACGCGCCUGACUGGCGUCACGUGCUGCUGCAGCAGCAGUCCGCCCGCCAGCAGUUCCCGCACCACCACCAAGGUUUCAACAUGGGCGGAAUGGGUGGCAUGGGCAACGUGAGCGGAGUGAGCGGCGGCAUGACGCAACAGCAGCAACUUCAGCUGCAGCAGGCGCGGCUCCAGCAGCAGCAACUAAUGCAGCAUCAGCAGCAAAGGGCAUCAAAUCAGCAAUCGUCAAUGUCGCAUCUGAUUAUGCAACAAAACCAAAUGAUGAGCGUGCAAGGACAGAUGCCGAAUAUUCACAUGAGUCAGUCGCAGAGCAUGAGCUUGCAACAGUCUGGCAUGGGCGGGCUCGGCCCCAUGCAGUCCAUGCCGAGUCAGCAGCCGAUGCAUGCGCAGAACAACACCAUGCAGACUCAGAGCAUGCUCGGGAACGGGCCCAUGCAGUCCCAGAACGGGAACCACCCGUUCUCGCUUCACUCCGCGUCUUCGUUCACGGGCCAAACCGCAGACUUCAACCUGGACUUCCUCGACAACAUGCCUUCCAGCGACACCAGCAAUCUCACCGCGCAGGAGCUGCUCAACUCACUCGAUAACUCGUUCUUGAACGACAUACUAUAAAUCUAUACUGCAUGGUCCACAAGAUUUUUCAUGGGUAUAGUGACUGGCAUGUUCAACAAAGAGCGGCGUAACAGGGCGGGUUAGCGCAUGCGCAGGAAGCAUGGGCCGACUGAUCGAAAAUCGCGUGCAUCCGCGCGGUAAAAAUUCCCUCACGCCAGCAAAUAGACCGAAAAAUCGACUAGUGCGCAUUUUUCAAAUAAUUUGCCGGUCACUCUAAAUAUUUUGCUUGACUGUAAUAGAACCAAAACUCCACUCAACGGCAGUGUAUGACAAACUCAACGGGGGAUGUCGACAAAACUUGUCACAAAGACCUAUUUCCUUUGUACUUAGUUUUAUUUCAGCUACUUAUGUCGAUGGGUCAAAUGAGAUAAACGUCUCCAGUUCCGAAAUAUUUUAUUGGUGUUAUUACAAAACAGGUUUUAUAUUAGACAAUGUGGUUAAUUCUGUUGUACAUAAAUCCCUAAAAUAAAAUUGACACAUCUAAGUCUAGUGCCAUCCUUUUCCUCUGAGAAGAUUAUAAAGCAGAUAGUAAUAAUUUAGAGAUUGUGUACAACAGAAUUAGCUACAACACAGAUCUUUAAGGUGACAAUAACAGAUUUAAACUACUGUUUUGUCGUAAAACUGUUAAGUAUUUAGGAGCGAUAGGUCAGUCGGUACUCGGUAACCCCAACGAGCCGUGCAGUCAUAUCAUUAUUCAUCACUAUUGUUCGUAUAACAUUUAAUGUAGCUCGCGACCAACAUGUAACAAAAUGUGACCAAAGUUUUCCAUCAGAAAUACGCCGUGGCACUGCCACUUGCGAAUCUUCCGAUAAAUGUAAACAUUUUCUAAUGCAUUGUUUUAUAUGAACUACAUAUUUAUUCUAAAGAAUUCCAUUUCGAAGUUUAUAGUUUUUAUGAUUGUUUGUGCAUAGUUCAUUUUGUAAAAAUUAUUGUAUAAGGUAGUUUAUAGUAUUAAAUAAAUGGCAGUGGUAGGAAACUCUGCGACGACUUAAUUUAUCCCAGCGUGGGAAUUAUGUUUCUCAAUUAUUUGCAGAGUCGCUUUUAUAUACUAUGUAUAUUUAUUACAGAUAUUGUUAUUAAUAUAAGUAAAUAGCACAAAAGACAUUUCAACGAUUUUAUUUACACGUUUAUUAGAUUUAUUUAUCGAAUGACGACAUAAUUUGGGCAAUACAUUUUAUAGCGUCUGUUAUCAUAUUAUUAUAAUCGAGUCUGUAUUUUACCAUGUGACAUUACAAUGUAGUAAUUUAUUCGUUUCCUCUGGACCUCCACUACUAUCUCGUUGAUAAUCUUGUUCGGGAAAACGUAAACGUCACGACAUUCGAAUGAUUGCGAUAUCGUGAAGUUUCAGUAGGCUUAGUACAAGUUA